CAAGAGCCCAUAAUUCUCCGUCUCCGUCUGUUGUCUACUGGUGACUUGAGUCUCGUAGCCCGUCGCCGUUUGGCUCGCCCUCGCCUAUUCGCAUAUCUCUAAGGUUCCUUUCGUCCAUGGCUUCGCCAGAAGAGAUUGAUGAUACAUCAGAAAUUCCAUCCCCGACAAAAAACACUUACAAGGAUCCCGAUGGUGGAAGGCAACGAUUCUUACUGGAACUUGAAUUCAUUCAGUGUCUCGCCAAUCCUACUUACAUCCACUACCUGGCACAGAAUCGGUAUUUUGAAGAUGAAGCAUUUAUUGGCUACUUGAAGUAUCUUCAAUACUGGCAGCGACCAGAGUACAUCAAGUUCAUAAUGUACCCACACUGCCUAUAUUUCCUCGAACUUCUUCAGAACCCCAAUUUCAGGAGUGCUAUGGCCCAUCCUGCAAACAAGGAAUUGGCACAUAGACAGCAGUUUUACUAUUGGAAGAACUACAGAAACAACAGGCUGAAGCACAUUCUACCUCGGCCUCUUCCAGAGCCUAUAGCUCCACAACCACCAGCUGCACCUUCAGCUACUCUGCCACCUGCGCCAUCUGUAUCUGUUGCUCUCUCUCCUUCCCUUUCUCCAAUGCAGUACAAUAAUAUGCUUUCUAAGAAUGAACCGAGGAAUAUGGCUUCUGCUGGAAUCGAUCGUAGGAAGAGAAAGAAGGUUCCAUAAGCAGUUAUUGCCCUGAAGCGGAAGAUCUACUCAUCUUUGUUGACGGAUCAGUUAGAUGAAUCAUAAAGUAGAAGACGAGAAGCUUUUGGGCUUUAUGACAACAGUUUUUCAUUUUCUUCUUCUUUUUGAGAAGCUUAUUGGACUUGUCAAACAUUCGUCCUUGGCAGAGAUUGCUUUUGUCGGUAAACAUGAGGAGUGGGGUUUCCAUGUUGCACCUGUUGGUACUACAUUCGUGCGGAAUGACUCAUAACGUGUAAUUUGA